AUGGCGAGGAAACAAAGAGUUACCACUGCAACUAGAAAGCAGCUAAGACAGAAGGAGGAUGAUUAUUUAAAAAAAUUAGAGGAGCAGAUCGAGGAAUACGACGCGGAGAAUACGAAAGCCGCUUUGUUCAAGGAUCUUCCGCUUAGCAAUAACACCAUCAAGGGUCUUAAAGACAGUGCAUUCGUUAAAUUGACCGAGAUUCAACAGAAAUCGAUUCCCGUUUCCCUUAAAGGCCACGAUCUUUUGGCUGCAGCAAAAACAGGCUCCGGUAAAACGCUGGCUUUCUUGGUUCCCGUGAUUGAGAAACUAUACCGUGAAAAAUGGACUGAGUUUGACGGACUUGGGGCCCUUAUUGUCUCUCCCACUCGUGAGUUGGCAAUGCAAAUCUACGAAGUUCUAGUGAAAAUUGGUAGGUAUACUUCAUUUUCUGCUGGUUUGGUGAUUGGUGGCAAAGACGUCAAGUUCGAAUUAGAACGUAUUUCGAAGAUCAACGUACUGGUGGGUACUCCCGGAAGAAUUUUGCAGCAUAUGGAUCAGGCAGUUGGACUUAAUACCGCGAAUCUACAGAUUCUGGUUCUCGAUGAAGCAGACAGAUGUCUAGAUAUGGGUUUCAAGAAAACUCUCGAUGCCAUUGUGAGUAAUUUACCACCUGUAAGGCAAACACUUUUGUUUUCUGCCACCCAAUCACAAUCCUUGGCUGAUUUGGCUCGAUUAUCUCUCACCGACUAUAAGUCUAUUGGCACUGCGGAAAUAAAGGACUCCAAAAAUCUUCCGGCUACGCCCGAAACUCUUCAGCAAUCAUACAUUAGCGUUGAGCUCCCAGACAAAUUGGACAUUCUCUACAGUUUCAUCAAGACUCAUCUUAAAAGCAAAAUGAUUGUUUUUCUUUCAAGUUCCAAGCAGGUUCACUUUGUUUAUGAGACGUUUAGAAAACUGCAACCGGGUAUUUCACUCAUGCACCUACAUGGACGGCAAAAGCAAACCGCGAGAACAGAAACUCUGGAUAAAUUUAGCAGAGCACAACAUACAUGCUUGUUUGCAACAGACGUUGUUGCUAGGGGUAUUGACUUCCCAGCUGUGGAUUGGGUUGUGCAAGCCGACUGUCCUGAAAACGUGGACACUUAUAUUCACCGGGUUGGGAGAUCAGCUCGUUAUGGGAAACAGGGAAAAUCCUUGAUCAUGCUGACACCUCAGGAAGAAGAAGGUUUCCUGAAAAGACUAAAACAGAGACAUAUUGAACCCAAUAAGUUAACCAUCAAACAGUCGCGUAAAAAAUCGAUAAAGCCGCAAUUGCAGUCGCUAUUGUUCCAAGAUCCGGAAUUAAAAUACUUGGGCCAGAAGGCGUUCAUUUCGUAUGUGAGAUCAAUUUACAUUCAGAAGGAUAAGGAAGUUUUCAAAUUUGAUGAGCUGCCAAAUGAGGAGUUCGCCAAUUCGUUAGGUCUUCCUGGUGCACCUAAGAUCAAAAUGAAGGGCAUGAAGUCUGUGGAAAGAGCCAAAGAGUUGAAAAAUACAUCUAGACAGCUUCUCUCUCUCUCGAAAGCAAAUGACGACGGUGACAUUGUUGGUGCGAAUAAGGAGGGUCGCACUAGGAUCGACAAAAUGUUUGACCGUAGAAAUCAGACAGUAUUGAGUGAGCAUUACCUGAAUAUCACGAAGGCCCAAGCAGAUGCCGACGAAGAGGAUGAUUUCAUGACCAUGAAACGUCAAGACCAUCAAAUACACGAGGAAGAACUACCUGAGCUUAUAGGGCCAACUUCUAAGAGGGCCUUGAGACGUGCCGUUUCGAAAAAGGCGUCUAUUGCCGGAAAGGGCAACCCAUCGAAAUUAGUUUUCGAUGACGAUGGCCAGUCGCACCCGAUUUAUGAGCUUGAAGGUGAAGAAGACUUCCAUGCUGGCGGUGCUGCGGAGGAUCAGAAGAAAUCUUUCAUUUCUAAAGAAACGGACGUAAUGCAGGGGAGAGACAUUGAAGAUAAGAAGCUGGCCAAGGAAAAACGUCAAGAGAAGAAGCGGAAGCGUCUUGAGGCUCUCAGACGCGAGCAGGAGGCUGAGCUCGAUGACGAGUCUGGCUCGGACGAGGGUGGCUCGUACCAUGCUUCGUUGGCCACUCGCGCCAAUUUGAGCGAUGACAUGCAGUCUGCAUCUGAGGACGAAGAACAAGAAACGUUACACCGCUCCAAGAAAGCCAAAUACUCUAGACACGACAGCGAAGAGUCAUCGAGUGACACUGACGCCGGUGACAGGAGAGGACAAAGUGAUACCAAGAAGUCAGCUGCUCGCCGGGUUAUUGAGGUUCAGCAACCGGAAUCUUUGGAAGAUCUGGAAUCUCUAACGGCCCAGUUUUUACAAAACUGA